CUGUACACUGGGGCCCAUCGCUCUAGAUUCCACAGAAGGUCUCUCCCAAGCCUCUGCUCUCCUUGAUGUUUGCCUGAGGGAGGGCACAUCUGGGCAGCUGUUUGCGGCAGUGUUGUGAGCUGCAGCAAGCAACAGAUUCAGUGUUUUCUGCUCUGUUGGUGGAAACUUUGGCUCUGAUUACGGCAGAAACUCUUUGGAGUUGAUUCUGGGGGUUAUGGUGUGGACAUCUCUGAGGUCAUUGUUCUGAUCCUGUAAGGAUGGCUGCCAUCUCCUGAAUCUGAGACACAGAAGCCAACAAGACAGAAAGAUAGCAGCCAUGGAUCAGUUCAUCUCAGACUUCCUGAAGGAUCCAUCAGGAAAGAAUCUCCAAAAGUUGUCUGUGGAAUUCCUGCCUUACUACUGUAUGUUAAUCAGUAAGGUAGGAGGCAUACUCUCUCAAGAAACUCUCAGCUGUAUUCAAAAGGCCCUCCAGGAGGGAAAACUGACUGACUUGGUGAACCUGAUUCAGAAAGCACUGACUAUCGUAGAAGAUGCUUUCCUGCAGAUCGCUGUCAUUGGGGAGUCUGGGGCUGGCAAGUCCAGUUUCAUAAAUGCCCUGCGAAGGCUGAGCCAUGAAGCAGAGGGAUCAGCUUCUGUCGGGGUUGUGGAGACCACUAUGCAUAGGACCCCCUAUCAACAUCCAAAAUAUCCUCAAGUGACCUUCUGGGACCUGCCUGGGACGGGAACUCCCAAUUUCCUCCCAGACACUUAUCUAGAAAAAGUGGGAUUCGCUGACUAUGACUUCUUCAUCAUUAUUUCUUCUUCUCGGUUCACCCUCAAUGAUGCUCUCCUGGCCCAGAAAAUCAAGGAUGUGGGGAAGAAAUUCUACUUUGUUAGAACCAAGGUGGACAGUGACUUAUACAAUGAGGAGAAAACCAAACCCACAACCUUCACAAAGAAGAGGAUCCUUCAGCACAUUCGAGACUACUGUCUGGCUAAUCUCAGCGACAUUGGAGUGUCUGAUUCACCCAUCUUCUUGAUCUCCAACUUUGAUCUGGCUGACUUUGAUUUCCCAAAGCUGGAGGAAACUUUGCUGAAGGAGCUCCCUGAGCACAAGCGCCAUACGUUUGCACUGCUGUUGCCCACUAUCUCUGUUGCUGCCAUCGAGAUAAAGAGAGAUUUUCUCAAGGAGAAGAUCUGGCUGGAGGCCUUAAAGUCAGCAGCUGUGUCUUUCAUUCCCUUCACACCCUUCGUGUGCGGCUUUGAUUUGCCUGAACAAGAACAGUGCUUGAAGGAUUACCGAAACUAUUUCGGCCUGGAUGAUGAAUCGAUUGAAGAGAUUGCUGAAAAGCUGGACACAUCCAUGGAAGACAUCAGGGGCUGCCUCAAGUGCUUGAAUUUCUGGUCCCUUGUAAAGGAUGACAGCAUAUCAGCAAAAGUCAUAAAGGGUGCUGAAUCUUUUUUUGCAGUGAAAGGAGGUCCUGAGUCUUCUGUCAUCCAGGGUUUGAAAGUCUACAUUCUACGCUUAAAAUUCCUUGACACGGUGGCUGAUGAUGCUAAGCACCUCUUGAAGAUGAUAUAAAUAGUAAACAUUGCCUAGCUAAACAGUAAAUGAAUUUCAGGGCUUGUGUGUCCAAGUUGGGAAUGGGGGUGUCCUUCCUCCAAACUCCCAGGCCAGCUCUUCCCUAAGGUCCACAGAUGUCUGUCCCACAGAGAGGGUCCAUGCUUUCCUUUAGAGACCUCUCCCAUGAGUGAAUUUUCUUUUUGGCCAUAGCCUGUUUUCUGUGUCCGUUGGCUUAUUAUGCUUGAUUUCCAGCAGUAGCACAUCACCUGCUUUCAACUAAUCUCUGUGCUAAGAGAUAACCUGUUUCUGACCCAUUUAUACCAAAACCACAAAACAAAACAAAAAACCAGUUUGUAGUAAGAAGAUGAGAAUUAUACAUUACCAUUUCCCAGUUCUUUCUCAGUUAUCAUCUAAACACCCUGCUCAUCACAAUGAAGGAUGGUCUGUAAAUAUGAGGACGUUGUUAAAGGCAUAAUACAAUGUUUGCAGUGGGAAAAUGCAGCCCGACCAGGAGGUGGCGAGAAGAUAAGAUAAACGCAGUGAAGUAGGGGAUGAAGGCACAACAGCCCACUUGAGCUUGUGGCUCUGGCAGACCUUGCCCUUCUCUUCCAUUCCCUCUGCCUUGCUAAAACCCUUUAGGUUACAGUCCUAUAGCUAGACACCAAGGUCUGUUCCCUUAUUUGGCCUCUUCCUCCUCCUGAGGUUACCAAGGUCCAGCUAUCAAAGUAUUGAAUCCAGCAGUCAGAAACCCCCUUUGGCUCACCUAAUUAACAUGCCCAAUAAAAAUGAAACACAUCAUCCUAGCACAGGAGUUUCCCCUUUUGCAUUUUUAAACUGUCAUUUUCCUAUGUUUCCCCAUCUGUCCUCUGUCCAGAGACAGCUCUUUGCCCCUGCAGGGCAAUUCCCCCUUCCACUUUCUCUUGUCCCCGUCUCCUUCAUCCCCUAUCUCUUUACCCUAGCCCAUUCUAACACAUUCCUCUCCUCUUAAAAAUUGCAUCUGCAAGGUCAUUUGCUGCUGUUUUCUACCUAAGUCAGAAAGCAGCCACUUUAACUUUUCUCAAUAAAGAUCUCUCUGUGAAAA